CGUCGGAUAGGUAGCUUUGGUCGAAGUGUGGGACAAGAGAAAUACUUUUUCUGUGGGAUCAAUUAUUUAAUUACCAGUUGCGACUUAAAAAAGCAGAACAGUAUACGCAUUAAGUAAUUAAUUUUAAUCAUAUAUGGAUUGUGGUACACCACUAUUGUACCAUAAUCCGAAUUGGGACGCGAUUGCUGUGAAAAGUUUCUGUUGCCGACGCUACUCCGUAUUUUUAUCACAAUUCUACUAGAGUUAUCACAUAAGGUCUGAGAUUUUCCACAAAAUGAGUAAGGCGGUGGAAAAUGGAGGAGGUGACAAUGCCUCGAAAAAGAAAACGAUCGAAGGCAUAUAUCAGAAGAAGUCUCAGUUGGAACAUAUUUUACUGCGUCCCGACACUUACAUUGGAUCUGUUGAACCAGUCACGGAACUUAUGUGGAUCUACGACAAGGAAAAAGAAGCAAUGAUUCAAAGGGAAAUAAAAUAUGUUCCUGGAUUAUAUAAAAUAUUCGAUGAGAUCUUAGUAAAUGCGGCAGAUAAUAAACAAAGGGACCCCAAAAUGGAUAUGAUUAAAAUUGAAAUAGAUCAAGAAAAUAAUGUUGUGUCGGUGUGGAAUAAUGGUAAGGGUAUUCCAGUGGUAAUUCAUAAAGAGGAAAAUAUGUUUGUUCCUACAAUGAUAUUUGGGCACUUACUGACAUCGUCUAAUUACGACGACGAAGAGGAAAAAGUAACUGGUGGUAGAAAUGGCUAUGGUGCCAAACUCUGUAAUAUAUUCAGUCAUCGUUUUACAGUAGAAACUGCAUCUAAAGAAUACAAGAAAUGCUUAAAACAAACAUGGAGUAAGAAUAUGGGGCUUGCGAGUGAACCUAGAAUCAAGGAGUUUUCUGGAGAAGAUUUUACGAAAGUUGUAUUUUCACCGGACUUGUCAAAAUUUAAAAUGCAGUCUCUAGAUGACGACAUAGUUGCUCUUAUGUCUCGACGAGCCUUUGACAUAGCGGCCUCUAGUAGAGGUGUUAAAGUCUUUCUCAAUGGAACUAGAAUCCGUGUUAAAAAUUUUAAGGAUUAUGUUGAGUUGUACGUUAAAGGCAAAGAAGAUGAUAUGGGUAAUCCUUUGAAAGUUAUAUACGAGGCUUGUGGGCCUCGUUGGGAAGUAGCGAUUACUUUAUCUGACAGGGGCUUCCAGCAAAUGUCUUUUGUAAACAGUAUAGCAACUACAAAGGGUGGACGGCACGUCGAUCAUGUUACAGAAUUAAUAGUCAAGCAAUUAACAGAAACACUAAAGAAGAAAAACAAGGGCGGAGUGCCAAUUAAACCGUUUCAAAUAAAAAAUCAUCUAUGGAUAUUCGUCAAUUGCCUGAUUAAUAAUCCCACGUUUGAUUCGCAAACUAAGGAGAAUAUGACAUUGCAGGCGAAAAGUUUUGGAUCAAAGUGCACACUUACUGAUAAAUUUUUUAGCUCUGUAACUAAAAUGGGUAUUGUCGAAGCUGUUUUAACUUGGGCGAAAUUUAAAGCUGACAGUCAAUUACAAAAGUUGGGCCCUAAAACAAAACAGAGAAAACUACAAGGGAUACCAAAAUUAGAAGAUGCUAAUGACGCUGGUACUGUUAGAUCGCUGGAAUGCACGCUUAUUUUAACUGAGGGAGACUCAGCCAAAACCAUGGCUGUGUCUGGUUUGUCAGCAAUUGGUAGAGACAAAUACGGUAUAUUUCCUCUAAGAGGUAAAAUUUUAAACGUACGAGAGGCCACGCAUAAACAAAUUUUGGAAAACGCUGAAAUAAAUAAUCUGAUCAAAAUUCUCGGUCUUCAGUAUAAGAAGAAAUAUGAAAGUCGGGAGGAUAUAAAGACGUUACGUUAUGGAAAGCUGAUGAUAAUGACAGAUCAAGAUCAGGAUGGUUCUCAUAUCAAAGGAUUGUUAAUUAACUUUAUUCACCACAACUGGCCAACAUUAUUACGAAUGAACUUCGUGGAGGAAUUCAUUACACCUAUUGUAAAAGCAACGAAGGGAAGCGAAGUAUUUAGUUUCUUCUCACUACCUGAAUUCCAAAAGUGGAAGUCGGAAACGAAUAAUUUUCAUACCUAUAAAAUCAAAUACUACAAAGGUUUGGGUACUUCCACUGCUAAGGAAGCGAAAGAGUAUUUCCAAAAUAUGGCUAGACAUCGAAUUCAGUUCAAAUAUGGGGGCGAUCAAGACGAUCAGAAUAUUAUCAUGGCCUUCAGUCGAAAGUGUGCCGAUCAGCGUAAAGAUUGGUUAACGAAUCACAUGGAUGAAACGAAACGGAGAAAAGAAAUCGGUCUUGCCGAGCGUUACCUGUACCACAAAGACACGCGUACUGUGUCGUAUUCUGAAUUCAUCAACGUUGAAUUGGUUUUAUACAGUAACUACGAUAACGUACGCUCGAUACCAAGUAUGAUGGACGGUUUUAAGCCUGGACAAAGGAAAGUUCUGUUCACGUGUUUAAAACGGAAUGAUAAACGUGAAGUGAAAGUUGCUCAGUUGGCUGGUUCUGUGGCUGAGCAUUCGGCGUAUCAUCACGGUGAAAUGUCACUUAUGUCGACUAUUAUCGGGCUUGCGCAAAAUUUCGUAGGAAGCAAUAAUAUUAAUCUACUCCUGCCUAAUGGUCAAUUCGGUACAAGACUAACGGGUGGAAAAGAUGCAGCGAGUCCUCGUUACAUAUUCACGAUGCUCAGUCCAUUGACAAAAUUUAUAUUUCACAAACACGACGAACCUCUGUUAAAAUACGAAUACGACGAUAAUCAGAAAAUCGAACCGAUCUACUACGUACCAGUUAUACCAAUGGUGUUGGUAAACGGUGCCGAUGGCAUUGGUACAGGUUGGAUGACGAAGAUACCCAAUUUUAAUCCUAAAGAGAUCAUUGAAAACUUAGUCAGAAUGAUGGAUGGUACUGAUAUAAAACCAAUGUUACCGUAUUACAAGAACUUCAAGGGGCUGAUAGAAACUUGCGGAGACUAUAGAUAUGUCAUUAAUGGGGAAAUUACCGUAAUAGGACCGGAUAAAGUUGAAAUUACGGAACUUCCGAUCGGAACUUGGACGCAAACAUACAAAGAAAAUGUUCUGGAGCCUAUGCUGCAUGGGACUGAUAAAAUACCGCCGAUUAUUACAGAUUAUAAAGAAUACAAUACAGAUACGGCAGUGCAUUUUGUGGUGAUUAUGAACCGCGAUAAGUUGGUAGAGUUGGAGCGGGAGGGCCUUCACAAGGCGUUCAAAUUGCAAACAACGACGUCGAUUACAUCCAUGUGCGCGUUCGACGAAAGUCAGUGCCUCAUAAAGUACGAGAACAUCAUUCAGAUAUUGAAAGGUUUUUAUAAAGUACGAUUGGAUAUGUACAGCAAACGAAAAGAUUAUUUGGAGGGUUUGCUUCAGGCAGAGUCCGACAAGCUCUCGAAUCAGGCACGAUUCAUUUUAGAGAAAUGCGACGGUACUAUUGUAAUUGAAAAUAAAAAGAAAAAGGACAUGAUAGCUGAGUUAAUCAAACGGGACUAUAAGUCUGAUCCUGUGGUCGCUUGGAAAUUAGCGCUCAACAAGGAAGAAGUUUUGGAAGAGAUAGCUGAAAAUGCCGAGGAUGAAGCAGCUAUUGCACCUACUGCCUUAGCAAGUGAAAAUUUCGAUUACCUAUUAGGAAUGACAUUGUGGAGCUUGACAAAAGAAAAGAAAGACGAUUUAGUCAAGCAAAGGGACGAGAAAUUAGCUGAAUUGAAGAGAUUGCAAAAUCGUACUUCUGUAUCUUUAUGGAAGGAGGAUUUAGAAAAUUUGUUGAAUGAAAUGAAGAAGCUCGAAGAACAAGAACGAAAGGAAGAACAGAAAAUGGCGAAAAAUAUUAAGAAGCCACCAACAAAGUUCUAUUCAUCCGAAAAUAUUCGUAGAAUAGUUCCUAUGAUUAAUGACGAAUUAAAGAAAAAGAUUGAAAGAGCAGAUACCUUGUCGAAAGAUAAGAAGGAAGGAAUUAAGAGACCAAGGGUAAAGAAAGAAUCUGUGGAAGAAAAAGAUGAGUUUGAUAACUUGGUCGACGCAAACGCAAAAUCUUUGGAGGAUAGGCUGGGCAGUUCUACAGAGAAAGGAGAGAAGAAAGUUGGCGGCAAACGAAGAUUGAAGCAAACGAAAUUAUCCUUUAAGGCGAUUUCGAAGAAAGAAAAAAAGAGGGACAGCGACUCUGAUUCGGCAUCUGACGAUGACAUUGACUUUGGUAGUAUUUCUCCUCCCCCGGAACCACGAAAAACUUCGCGUAGAGCCGCAAAUACCAAGAAGAACUACAGUUUGAGCGAUGCAUCCUUGUCUGACGAUGAUUUUCUCAAUAAUCAUUCGUCAGAUUCCGAACUAAAAAAGAAACCUGUAAGUAGCGAUUCAGAUGACAGCUUUAAAAUAGACAGGAAAGCACUGCCACCGCAACCAACCUCAGAAGAACUGUUUGAUUCUCUAAUCGGUAAUCCUUCCCGAGAUAAACAAAAACCUGUUAUAUCAUCUAGCGAAGAUUCAAUGUUUUCGCCUCCAGCUAAAGUAUCUUCAAAGAAGAAAACUGAAAACGGCGGUGGAAAAGGGGCGAAAAAACAAUUGAAAACAAAGGCGGUUUCUUCCGAUUCGGAGUCGGAAGAAGCAGCGACAGUUUCCAAUAAACAAGAAAAAGUAAUCACCUUAUCUUCGAGCGAAGAUUCAACUACAAUGUUCUCACCUCCGCCAAAAGUUUCUGCAAAAAAGAAGGCAGAAAACGGCGGGAAGAAGGGCGUGAAAAGACAACUGAAGAAGAAGGUAGUUGAUUCGGAUUCAGAUUCGGAAGGAACUAUGUUCUCCGGCAAACAACACAUAAAGAAGAAGAGGAAGAAAUCCGAGUCCGAACAGGAUGAUAGCGUCAGUGAAACAUCGCCGCUUCCACCGCCGAGAACCACUGGUGGCCGUGCUCGUAAACCAGUAUCGUAUGCUGUAAAAUCAGAUGAUGACGAUUCCAACUGA